AUGUGUGAACUUGCAGAUGAGUAUGGAGAAGUAGAUGUUUUUAUAGAUCAUGAGCUGUGUAUAGCAACACCCGGGGUUAGAAGUGAGGGUCAGACAAGUAAGGGGGUUGAUAGGAAUGGUGAGGAUGAGUGUGAGAGAAAUAAGGGGCAGACAAGUAAGGGGGUUGAUAGGAAUGGUGAGGAUGAGUGUGAGAGAAAUGAGGGGCAGACAAGUAAGGGGGCGGAUGAUAACGCUCAUGAUGAGUGUGAGCAAACUGAGCAGCAAGCAAGUAAUGGGGUGGAUGACAACACUAGUGAUAAGCCCGAGGGAAAUCAGGGUGAGGGAGAUAACAGGUUCCAAGCUCAGUUUAAGUCUGGAAAGGAAGGUCAAGCUGCAGCGGUUGAGAAUGAAUAUGAGAGUGAUAAUGAUUUUGUAGACAAUGAUGACAUCUUUCUCCCUACUUCGCAAAAUACCGAGGAAGAAUGGAAUGAUUAUGAGAGAGGGAUGCGACAAAAGAAGUCAACAAGACAAACAAUGCCCCGAGAUAAAGAGUUUUUUUUCUUGGGUCAGACUUUCAAUUCUGGAAAGGAGUUUAAAAAAGAGAUAUUGAGACGGAACCCAUCUUAUAAGGCCGCUGACAUUCAACAUGAUAUGAAGACAGAGUAUCAGCUGACAGUCCCGAUCAGUAAAUGUUUCAAGGCAAGGCGCAUUGCAUUGGAUAUGGUAAUGCAAGAUCAGGUGGUGCAAUUUGCAAAGCUGUGGGAUUACGAGCAUGAGCUCCGAAGGUCUAACCCUAACACAACCACUGAAAUUGUCAUUGAUAAUGGGUUAUUUAACAAAUUCUACAUAUGCUUUGAAGUGCUACGCAAUUCGUGGAAGAAAUCUUGUCGACCAGUCAUUGGACUUGAUGGAUGUUUUCUAAAGUGGGAGCUAAAAGGAGAACUACUUGCAGCGGUUGGUCGGGAUGCCGAUAAUCGUAUUUUUCCUAUUGCAUGGGCUGUUGUACAUAUGGAGACAAUAGACAGCUGGACUUGGUUUGUUCAGAAACUAAAAGCUGAUUUAUCCUUGGGAGAUGGCCAAAACAUCACCAUAUUGUCUGACAAACAGAAGGGUUUGUUGAAUGCAAUUCAUCAUGAAUUACCACGUGCGGAGCAUCGAAUGGGUGCUCGACAUAUAUAUGCUAACUGGAAGAAGUCAUUCAAGAGUCUAGAACUGAAGUGCCUAUUUUGGAGAAUUGCAACAAGUUUCCAUCAAGGAAUUAUGCGGAACACAUGGGUACAUUGGCUUCUAAAGAUCCUGAUGCUCCGAACUGAGCCAACACAACGGUGUAGAGCUUUUUUCAAGGCAGAUUCACAUUGCAAGGAUGUGCAUAACAACUUAUCGGAGAGUUUCAACCGAACUAUCAAAGAGGCAAGGAUGAGACCAAUGAUUGACAUGCUUGAAGAAAUCCGUAGACAAACAAUGUUACGGAUUGCAAAGAGAUCGGUUCAGGCAACCAAGUGUGUAACGGAGUUCACUCCAAAAAUAAUGGCGGAGUUGGAAGAGGCUCGGGGAAAGUCAAGGCAUUGCAUGAUGAUACCUAGUGGUCGAGGCAAAUACGAGGUAAUGGAAUUCGGGGUUAGUUUUUCUGUUGACCUGUAUGCCAAGAGUUGUGCAUGUCGUAGAUGGGACUUGACGGGUGUACCGUGUCAGCAUGCCAUUACAAUGAUCAAUGAGAUGAGAUAUGAUCUUCCAAGGUAA